AUGAAUCGAAUUCGAGCACAUUCAUCUCCUGAAUUAGUUCAUUCUUCGCCAUCAAGCGAACAGUACGAUGAUUCGGCUUUAGAAGGCGUUGCAGCACAUAUUAAGUUGUUAUUAAAGCUAAUCCAAGAUCAUAAAGAUGCAUGCAAGAAAGAGAAAAACGAUGGCAGGAGAAUGUUAAGGGUGGCUACAAUGAUGACCAUUCUGGACAACAUUAGAACUCGGAUUCAGAAAUGUCAAUCUUUUGGCAGCAAAACAUCAGCAGCUGAGCUGAGGCGAUGCAACACGGAGCUUAGGCCUGCCAAUGUCCCAAGGGACAAAAGGCAAGGCGAACCAAUAGCCGAUGAGAAAGAGAGGCUAAGAAAGGAGCUCAAUGCAAGCUUGGCAGCAAGGAAGAGCCUAGAAAUAAUGUGCUCUAGCUUGGGAAAAGAGAAAGAAAUUAUGGCUUCAGAAUUAGCAAGAAAGGUUCAUGAAGAGAAUGAAAUGGAGGAACUUAUCAAUGAUCUGAAAGCACAGAAUGAGACAUUAUUGGAGAAAGUAAAAGAAUUUUCUGCUGAGAACAAAGAGAGAUCAUCUGAUAGAGCAGAGACACAAAGAAACGCUGUACUCCAAGAGCGGAACAAGGCACUGUCCGAGCAACUCCUCAGGUCCCUUGAUGGUUACCGGUCCAUGAAAAGGAAAUUUAAACAAGCACAAGAGGAAAAUGCAGUAAUGUGUGCAACAAUGGAGGAAAUAGUAACAGAAGCUGGAUUGAGCCUUGACCAUAUCCGUGGCUUCAAGCAACGGAUAGCCACAGGAAGCGAACCAGUAGUUAACAUGCAAGAGGAGAUUUCUGAGUUGGAGAAUAUGUUUGAGUGCUUUGAAGUGAAGGUAUCAAAACAUGGUCAAAAGAAAGGGGAAUGUGGUAAACCAACAGGCGAGAUCAAUGCCUGUAAGCCUUCUGUUCUGGCAUGACCAGAGAAGGGUGAAUUACCCCAGAUGUGCCCCUGUCUGGAUUUUGUCAAAUUUUACUAUACUACAAAAUUAAAAGUAAUAUGAAUAUCAGUUGUAAGGGAUCAAAAUAGGAG